AUGCCGCGGCUGUAUGACAUGCGAGAGCCAUACCGGGAUCAAGAUCCACAUCGGCAAGAGAAAAAGUUUAAGGACCAGCAGCACAAAGAGCAUCUGACCUUUCGCUCGUUCUGUACGGGACAAGGUCGAGACGUUGGAGCCACGGCCUUCUUAGCUCCCCCUCCACGGCGACCUGGUCUUGUGGUGGGUACGGGAGCCGUGCAGGAGCCUGGUGGCAUGGGUGCGAUAGGUGCUCAUCUUGGCGAGCAAGUACUGCUUCAAAACAUGAAGCGGCGGCAAGACCUGAACGGCCUCGCUGGCACCGUGGUGUCUGACAAGACAGAUCAAUUUGGACGUGUCUACGUGAACAUCAGUCAAAAGGACGCUGAGCCUCGCGUAAUCAAAGUGCUGCCUGAGCGGCUUUAUCGCCAAGGAGAUGAGCGCGAUGGCAUCCCCAGCUGGAUGCCCAAAGGACGAGAACCGACAGAUCCGUUGGGUGCCAGCUUUUGGUCGUCUUCGGGCAUCCGCACGGGCUUCCCAGGCUUUGGAAUUAUGCAGGAGAGUGCAACAAGAAGGGCGUGGCUGUGGGUGCUUGCGCAGGGUUUCUCAACGCUUGUCCAAUUUCGAGAGUUGUCUAGCCUUCGAAAGGCAGACAUCAUGACAUGUUGUCACCCACGGGGGGUCUUUCAAGCGAUUGCCCAGAACUUCGUGGAGUUGAGAUCACCGGUGCUCGCUGUAUGGUGUGCUGCAAUGUUUGACCGGUUCGCAAUGGUGAAACCAGUGGAGAAACAACGUGAAACAACUGCUUUGUAAUUUUUAACUUAUGUUCAACGAGCUCAGAUUUAGGCUGC